AUGGCGACCCACAACCCAGGACUCGCUCACUCCAUCCCUGCCUUCAAGACCGGUGCCAAGAGCUGUACUCGCUGUGGCAAGGACUUUCACCUCUUCCGUUCCAAGAAGAACUGCCACAACUGUGGAGAUGUUGUCUGCGAGAGCUGUAGCAAUUUUCGAGUCAAACUCCCUCAAUUUGGAUACUCAGCUGAAGUCAGAUUGUACAAGAUGGAUUAUGCUGGGCUCUCGAGCCUCAACAUCAAGACCUUACGAGGAUACCUUGUUUCUUACAACAUUUCAACACAGGGCAUGCUGGAGAAGCAAGACUUGAUCAGGGCCAUUCAGAGCUAUCGACCCAUUCCUGAAGCAUCAGAGGUCUACUUCCGCCAACAUCUGCCCAAAACUCCAGAAAAGUCUUCAUCAAUGUUCGAUGAGCUGACGAAUCUUGGUCGAUCAGAGUCGCCUUCAGGGUCUUCGCAGGGAUCAUCUUCGAGCGAUGGCUGGUCGUGGGAUCUGGAUAAGUUCUUUUCGAAGCUCUUCAGCUCUGACGACCCACCUGCUGCUCAAACCCGACCUGCUCGCUCACAGUCUCAAUCACAGCAAUCGCAGUCUCAGCCUACGCAAUCUCAAGCACGGCAACCACCAUCUCAAGGAUCUGCCUACUGGCCGCCAGGCGGCCCAGACCAGAGCUGUGUCACAUACGUGGGAGUCGUCGAAAAGCGGGAUCUUGUCGAACGUCUUCAAAAGCUGAUCGACAACACCAAGGCUGAACAGGCUAUGGUCCAGGAACAGGAAACAGAGUCGAAAUCGUCCGACGCCUCUGCCAAAAAGUCGUCAUCAGGAAACCUGGCAGACGACGACAACAUCUGCAAAAUCUGUUGCGAUGCUGCUUUGAACUGUGUCAUGUUGAACUGCAACCACAUGUCGACGUGUAUGGAUUGUGGAAAGCUGAUCAUGGAGGGUUCAAGAAUGUGUCCUAUCUGCCGAGAGUACGUGGUCAAGCUACUUCAUGUCUUCCAUGGCGGCUUGGAGGCGAACGCCAUCACCGAGGAGAAGCUUAUCAACGAGGAAUACAAGAUCUGGAAGAAGAACUCACCUUUCCUCUACGAUCUUGUCGUCACACACGCCUUGGAGUGGCCAACUCUGACCUGCCAGUGGCUCCCCGAUAUCGAGAGACCCGAGGGCAAGGAUUACACAGUUCAGCGCAUGUUGAUCGGAACGCACACAUCGGAUAACGACCAGAACUACCUUCAGAUCGCCCAGGUUCAACUUCCUUCUGACUCGACGCCAAUUGAUACCCGCAAGUUCGACGACGAGCGUGGCGAGGUCGGCGGUUUUGGAGGCACCGAGUGCAAGAUCAGUGUUACUCAGAGGAUCAACCACGAGGGAGAAGUCAACAGAGCAAGAUACAUGAAGCAGAACCCCGACAUCAUUGCAACCAAGACUGUUACGGGCGACCUUUUUAUUUUCGACCGCACUCGCCAUCCUUCACAACCCGCUGCAGGUGGCGUUUGCUCACCAGAGAUUCGUCUCAAGGGUCACACUAAAGAAGGGUACGUCAUCGCGUCUCCUUUGCUUCGAGGAAUGCAGCGGUUAAGAGCCGAUUCGAGGCAGCUGUUUGAGUUGAGACAAUACGGAUUGUCAUGGAACCCUUCAGUGCAGGGCCAUUUGAUCAGUGCAUCGGAGGACACCACAGUUUGCCACUGGGAUAUCAAUGCGACAACCAAGGACAGGAAGGUUCUGGAUGCCUUUAGAAUCUACAGGGGUCAUACUGCGGUCGUCGAGGAUGUCGCCUGGCAUGAGCUUCACGACAGUUUGUUUGCCUCUGUCGGUGAUGACCAGCGCAUGCUCAUCUGGGAUACCCGUUCGACUUCGUCUGACAAGCCUGUUCACAACAUUCACGCUCACGCAGCAGAGGUCAACUGUGUUGCCUUCAGCCCAGCCAGCGAGUUCAUCCUUGCCACUGGUUCGGGUGAUCGCACUGUCGCUCUCUGGGAUCUUCGCAACUUGAAGUCGAAGUUGCACUCGUUCGAAUCGCAUCAGGAUGAAAUUCUCCAGCUGGCCUGGUCGCCCCAUAACGAGACCAUUUUGGCAUCUGCUGGUGGCGAUCGUCGCAUCAACAUUUGGGAUCUGAGCAGGAUUGGAGAGGAGCAGACCUCGGAGGAUGCCGAGGAUGGUCCUCCAGAGCUCUUGUUUGUCCAUGGCGGUCAUACUAACAAGGUGUCAGACUUUUCAUGGAACUUGAAUGAGCCUUGGGUCAUUGCUAGUACGGCCGAGGACAACAUCUGCCAAGUCUGGCAAAUGGCUAGCAACAUCUACAGCGAUGAUGCUGACGUUGCACCAACUGACUUGGAAUAA